GUCAGUUUCGAAAUUGUUUUGACGGCACCCGCACGCGCACAUACAGGUGUUUUGUUUUGGUUUGGUUUCGUGUUGGUUGCGGAAAAGAUCACAGUGUGCCAGAGCAGAAUUUGGACUCCGUUUUUGUUCCACCACAUAAACUACAAGAUAAUUCCGCCCCGCCAUGGAUGAGCAAGCGCCACACAACGACCGCCAGAAAAAGGAGCUACAAAAGCAGCUGGACGAGUUUCAAAUGCUGUCGGCAAUUUACUGCAACCCGGGCGAGCUGCGAGUGGACGAUUACGGCUGCAUCGACAAUCUGACCAGCUACAACAGCGGCGAAACCGAUCGGCUCACCACGAAGCUCGACUACCGCUUCGAGCUGCCCCUGCUGCCGGACCAAAAGGUACAGAUUUUGGUCGAACUGCCCCACCGCUACCCGGCGCUGGAAAUGCCGCGGAUCGUGAUCCGCUCGGCCGUGAUACCGCGCGACCAGGAGCGCCGCCUAACCGACCGGAUCGUGCGAUACAUCGAGGAGGAGGUGCUGGAGCGCGACGAAGCGUACGUCCUUCAGGUGGUGGGCUGGAUACAGGACAACUUUGCCGAGCUGCUCGCCGCGACCGCUGAGAGGAAGGAGUCGAAAGCGUGCCCGCGCUCCGCCGGCGCGACCACCUCACCGAUCGUGUUCGAACGGUUGUGGAUAUACUCGCAUCAUCUUAAAAGCAAGAUGAAAAGACAGACAAUCAUAAAAACGGCACGGGAUCUGCGGCUGACGGGGUUUUCCCGGCCCGGCAAACCGGCCAUUAUCUGCGUGGAGGGACAGCAGGCCGACACGCAGGAGUUUUGGCGCACGAUCAAACCGCUCAAGUGGCAGAAGAUACAGAUCAAGCUGUGCGAAACGGAGACGGUGGCUGCCGGCGGUGAAAACGAAAUGGCCGCCCUGCGCCACUUUGCGGCCGGCUUUCGGGAGGAACUGUUCUGCGCCGAUAUGGAUGAAGACUCGGACGCGGAGGAUCAGCCGAUGAGCAUGAGCCUGUUUAUGAAGUUUCUCGACAAGCACCGGUGCGGCUACAUCAAGAAGGAGCUGUUCGGGUUUCAGAGUGCGAUCGAUGCUCCCGCUAGCUAGCGCUAUGGUGGUACGGUACACGUGUGUGAUGCAAUAAACGCUCGCUCGUUGUUGAGGUUGUUGACCUAUAAGCCGGAGGCUCGCUCCCCCUUUUCCUGCUUACCUUGUGCAGUGUCCGCCUCGAUGGCUGCAUCGGCGUCGUCUGCAUCUCGCCGUACUCUCUUCUGCCCAUUGCUGCCGGGUCCGUAUCGUUCCACUGUUUCGCGCAAAAAGCUUUCUAUUCUUUGUGUUAAGAGCUGUUCUCCCUCCACGGGUUGAUCAACAAUGCGGUCGGCGUAGUUUUGCAGCAAAUUUUGCCGAUAGACUGUUUUUAGUAGUUCAAAUUCAGUUUCAGCGGGAUCGUUAGACACGUCACUAGUUUCAGCAUUUACGGUGUGUAUUUUUAAAACUAACAAUAGGCACACCAAUCGCCACGCGAACCACUUCCACCGUUUCAUCUUAGCACAGCAGCACGUGGUUUUGUUUUCAACGUUCCGAAAACACAACCGAACACGAUCGGUUACUAAACGCAACUGGUGGUGCGAUCACCAGACGAGCUCCGGUUGAGUCGAGCUCUCGAUUCGAGAAAAAAGGACUCUCUGGAGUAGAAUGCGUACAAGGUUGUGAGAAGAAGAGAAAAGAUCAAGCGAAAUACUACGUUACCUGCUAGCAAUCACACUCAAGGAUAGAACACGAAACGUUUUUACAUGUAUAGAUAAGCCCGAUCGUGCAAUGAGACACGUACAUUGAUAUUCAUGUGCUAGGUUUAUGUAUUGUUAGGCUCGACCAUGUGUGUCUUAACAGGGCACAACAACACGAUUGGUCAUUUGCUCUUGUUACUUAUUGUUGUGUUGAACUGUGCCAUUGAAAAUGUCAGUUUUCACUUUUCUAUAAAUGGAUUGAACGGUAAGCAGGUUAAUCAUUGAGUUUAGGUAAAUGUGUACCGUAAAAAUAUAUUAUGAAACUUGAAUUACGGAAAAUCCAGUUACCAAUUUUGUGUUGUGUUGUUGCAAGUAUUGUAAAUAAUCAAUCAUCUAUUAACAUCUUGCCUAUACGGCAAUGCAACGAAGUGAUAGAUAUGAUUACUUCUAGAUAAGAAGAAUAAAUGAGUUUAAACAAUCAAAUACACGAAAGGGAAAAAAACAUGAAAAAUAAAUGAAAAGAAUGAAAUGAAUUUAAAUAAGAAA